UAAUAAAUCAAAGACUCAAGUUUUUAAUUAAAAGAAGUCAAGAGUUGAUAAAUUUACGACUUAAAAAGGUCAAAGAAAUGCAAAUACUAAUAGUUGCAUUUACUCUUUGUACUACUUUUGUAGGUAUCGGAGUUAUUUUUUUCAUUUUAUCGGAAAAUUUCACACCAGAAUGUUAUUUUCGUAUGACUUUCGCUUUUCUUGUUGGAAUCACUACAUUCAUGGCUGCUGUAUGGACCGGUCAAUCAAUGGAAACAAACUUCAAUAAAAUUACUAUGGCUCUCAAAGAAGUAAAAUGGUAUAAUUUCAAUCAUUGUAAUAAAAAGCUACAUUUAAUUUUUUUAACAAAUAUGACAAAAGAAUACAAAAUACAACUCACCGAAAAUUAUUCCUUCAACUAUCAACUAGGACUAGCUUUUGAAAAAUCGUUUAAUAUGGACUACACCAAGAGGAAACUUAUGAAAGAUGAUUACUUCAAAAUACUCAAAUUUAUGGCAUCUGGCGUUUUUCAAUCAAAAGUCGUUAAAAGUAUUCUCAUUUGUGUUUUCUUAACCCACACUGUUAUUUCUCUAUUAACAAUUUAUUAUGUUUUGUAUGUCAUCGAGACAAAACUCUUCAUAAAUUACGCUUCGGUAUUUUUCGCCGAAUUUUACCCAAUGCUUGCUAUUGUAACCCUAAUAUUCAAAAGCAAAAUGAUGGAAAAUUUAAAAAAUGAAAUAAAAAUGUGGUCGAUUGACAAUGCAAGUGAAGAUUUACAAUCCGAAAUAAAACUGAAGAUUAAAAUCACAACACGUUUCGUCAUAAUAAAUUCUUUAAUUGCAGUAAUAGCAGGUUUCCUCUAUGUACAACAAUUAUCAGACGAUGUGAAUUUGUUUUUCGCUUAUCGUUUCAUUCGUGAUAAUUUUCCACAUCAUAACAAAACUCUUGAAUUUUUAUACAGAAUGACUUAUCCAAUUAUCAGUUAUUUGAUGACUGUACAUGCCUAUCAAUGCAUUUAUUUCACACAACACGUCAAUUAUCAAUUAAAAAUGUUCAAGGAAGUUAUAACUGAACUCACCAAAUGUGAAACAUUUUCAUCAUUUGAAAACCGGUUAAUUUUCGAUAAGAAGUAUCAAACAGAAAUCGAACGAAAAUUAAAAUUUUGCAUUAGAAGAUCGCAGGAGUUCAUCAACAUAUAUUUAACAAAAAAUAAAGAAAUCGGCUCGUUAAUUGCGGGAUUUGCCAUUUGUGGACUUUUUCUAGGUAUAGGAAUAACGCUCUACUUGUCGACUGGAAAAUUUACUUCGGAAUAUUAUUUACGAAUGAGUGUUACUUCAAUUGCUGGAAUUGUGACGUUUUCAACUCUGAUAUGGUCAGGACAGACCGUUGAAACUAUGAUAAGUGAUUUAGUAAUGACCUUCAAUAAAAUCAGUUGGUACAAUUUCAAUCAAUCCAAUAAAAAACUGUACCUAAUUUUUUUAAUAAACAUGAUGAGGGACCGUAAAAUUAAAUUCACUGAAAACUAUUCCAUCAACUACCAACUUGGACUAGCCAUUGUAAGAGGGAUUUAUUCAUUCGUAUCAGUGGUUGCAUCAAAACUUCAUCACUAAUCGAAUCACACACAACUGAAAUCAAAAUAUUUACUUGUGUCUAAUUAUUCUAAUUUUUACACUUAGGUAUAAUAAUUAGCAAAAAAGUUUUAAUAACUUGUUAAAUAAAACGCUGUUUU